CCUCAUAACUCAUUUAUUUUUAGACAAGAAGAAGAAGAGAGGAAAAGGUGGAGCAAUUUCGUGUUUCAAAAAUCAAAUACGAGGAGAAAAAGGCAGAGUGUCUCUCAGGUCCAAGUUCUGUUCCAAGGGUUUUCUUCUAAGGGUUUUAACUUUUCCCCCCAAAAAUUUUCUGCCAUGGAAACAACUCCUCCUUCUCAGCCAAAGAAGCGUGGGAGGCCAAAGGGUUCUUCAACCAAAACCAAAGAGGAAAGAGAUAAGGAGCUCCAACACAGGAUGAGAGGUAGUAUUACUGAUAAGAAAGCGGCUGCUAAUGCUAUCGACGAGAAAUAUGUUCAGUGGAAGUCACUCGUCCCUGUUCUCUACGACUGGUUCGCUAAUCACAACCUCGUUUGGCCUUCCCUCUCUUGCAGGUGGGGUCCAAUAGUUGAGCAGGGUGCUUUGAAAAACCGCCAGCGACUCUAUCUCUCUGAACAGGCAAGCUAACAUGGCGCAUGAUUGUUCUUUUUGG